GGCUGCCAGCCGGUAGGAAGCAUGGCGGCGUCUUCGAGUGGCGAGAAGGAGAAGGAGCGGCCGGGAGGCGGCUCGGCAGCGGUGGGCGGGAACAGCACGCGAGAGCGGCUGCUGUCCGCGCUGGAAGAUCUGGAGGUCUUGUCGAGAGAACUUAUAGAAAUGCUGGCAAUUUCAAGGAACCAAAAGUUGUUACAGGCUGGAGAGGAAAACCAGGUCCUGGAGUUGUUAAUUCACAGAGAUGGAGAAUUUCAAGAACUAAUGAAAUUGGCACUUAAUCAGGGAAAAAUCCAUCAUGAAAUGCAAGUUUUAGAAAAAGAAGUAGAGAAAAGAGACAGUGAUAUUCAGCAACUACAAAAACAGCUAAAGGAAGCGGAACAAAUACUGGCAACAGCUGUUUACCAAGCAAAAGAAAAACUCAAAUCGAUAGAAAAAGCAAGAAAAGGUGCUAUCUCCUCUGAAGAAAUUAUUAAGUAUGCACAUAGGAUUAGCGCAAGUAAUGCUGUGUGUGCCCCACUGACGUGGGUUCCAGGGGACCCAAGGAGACCAUACCCAACUGAUUUAGAGAUGAGAAGUGGAUUAUUGGGUCAAAUGAACAAUCCUUCCACUAAUGGUGUGAAUGGUCAUUUACCAGGGGACGCUCUUGCAGCAGGCAGAUUGCCAGAUGUCCUUGCUCCACAGUAUCCAUGGCAGUCAAAUGAGAUGUCGAUGAACAUGCUACCACCCAAUCACAGUAAUGACUUUCUGUUGGAACCUCCAGGGCACAAUAAAGAAAAUGAAGAUGACGUAGAGGUUAUGUCAACAGACUCCUCGAGCAGUAGCAGUGACUCUGAUUAAAAAAACAUAAGAUAAAAAGCAUACAGAAUUGAGUACUGUAGAAUUCUGUUUCUUAAACGAUGGCAAACCUCUGAAAAUAGCCAGGUAAUAUUGGCUAUAGUGGAAUUGUGCAGCCCAUUAAAAUCACAGUGGACUUUCUUUUUAAAGCCAAAAAUCAUAGUUUCAGUUCUAAACCACUAGGUGAAUAUGUAAAGAAAAAUCAAAAUUUACUGUUGGAAAAAAAGAUUAUUCAGUUUGGUGCCAUCUCACCCUGUUCUUGUCCAGUUGUGUUGGAUUUGUACGUAGUUCUGGAAGUAAGAUUGGAGGGAAAUGACCAUGUACAUAUCACUAAUAGGCCUCCUGGAAUUAUUUAGAAAAGCAUUAAAAAAAGGCAGCGGCUCACUGAAUGUACGUCAUAGCUCAAAAUAAUAAAAACCCUCAUUUGAAAGUGAAGGCUGUUAACUUCUGUCAUAGAAACAGGAGAAAUUGUCUCAAUUUGUACUAUUUGUAAUUAUUGUAAUUUUUGUAAAUAAAGUCACUUUUGUUUGUA